AUGGCGGCGCAGGCGACGGCUUCCGCAGAUUUUAUGGGCUUGCCUUGCGCGUCAUUCUACAAACCAAAGUUUCAUCAUGCGACCAAAGAAACAGCUGAUCGACUAUUGGAGAAGAUUGCUUCGGGGAAUGUUUCCGAUAUCGGUGAAAGCGACGAUGAAGAUGACGUUCCACAGGAAGACGUUCUGCGGGAAAAUGAUGGUAUGAUACAGAGCCCCAGCGAAGAUGAAGAAGAGGAGCAUAAAAAGACGCCAUUGAAAGAGAUAAGUGCAGAAGACAACAUACCUAAAAACUUUCAGUGGAAAAAGAGACUUUACGUGCCCCCAUCAGACACCGACUUCAGCGGUCACAACGAGUGCCCUCCUGACGCAGGUGAAACGUGUACGCCAUACAUGUACUUUUCCAGAUACGUGCCCGAGUCAGUUUUCAAGGUAAUAGCAGAAAACACUAAUCUGUAUAGCGUGCAGUCAACUCUGCAUAACGUGAACACGACAGCCGAUGAAAUAAGGAAGUUGUUCGGAAUGCACAUCAUGAUGGGUGUCGUCCAUUUGCCUCGGGUAAGGCUCUAUGGGAACCCGAUGAUGAAGGUUCCCCUCAUCAGUGAAACUAUGACCGAGAAGCGCUUUUUCAAGCUUCGAAAUAAUCUGCACAUUGUUCCAGAAGAUUCUGAUUUCCACAGUGAAGAUCGCCUGUGGAAAGUGCGUCCUUUUCUGGAACUUAUACGAAAGCGAUGCUUGGAGCUGGCUGUUGAGGAAGAAUGCUCAAUCGAUGAGCAAAUGAUCCCUUUCAAGGGCCAGCUUUCAAUAAAACAAUACGUGAAAGGUAAGCCAUCUCCCUGGGGCAUAAAAGUGUUUGCUCUAUGUGGUAGAAGCGGUUCACUGUACGACUUUGCAGUAUACCAGGGAGAAAACACGAUUCCUGCUGAGCUGAAGAAAGACUACGGUCUUUGUUCAGGCGUUGUCUUGCAUUUGUCUAAAAGAAUUCCUUCUGGAUGUAAUUAUCAGCUUUAUUUUGAUAACUACUUUACAUCAGUGCCCCUCCUUCGCCGACUACGACAGGACAAAAUUUUGGCAGCUGGAACAGUGAGUCAAAACAGGCUAGGCAAGUGCCCUCUUGAAUAA